GCACACGCGCUCUUGCUGUGGGGCGUCAGAUUUCUACUCACGUGCUUCAAUCAGUCCCGCAAAGCCGGAAGAGAGGCCUAAAUUUGUGUUUUGACAAGGUGCUAUACAGUGGAGUCUUUUAUUCUCUUAAUACCUUCUUACACGACUUGUAUCUGAAAUUAUGGACGAUACGUUAUUUCAGCUGAAGUUUACGGCAAAGCAGCUGGAGAAGCUGGCAAAGAAAGCAGAGAAGGACUCCAGAACUGAACAAGCCAAAGUGAAAAAGGCUCUUCAGCAGAAGAAUGUGGAGUGUGCCAGGGUCUAUGCAGAGAAUGCCAUCAGGAAGAAGAAUGAAGGGGUGAACUGGCUGAGAAUGGCAUCUCGAGUGGAUGCGGUGGCGUCAAAAGUUCAGACAGCAGUAACAAUGAAGGGGGUUACAAAAAAUAUGGCUCAAGUUACAAAAGCACUGGACAAAGCCCUGGGCUCAAUGGAUCUCCAGAAGGUGUCGGCUGUUAUGGACAAGUUUGAAACGCAAGUCCAAAAUCUGGACGUUCACACCUCGGUCAUGGAGGAUUCAAUGAAUUCGGCCACCACCCUGACCACACCCCAGGAGCAGGUGGACAGCCUCAUCAUACAGAUCGCAGAGGAGAGCGGCCUGGAGGUCAUGGACCAGCUGAACGAACUGCCAGCUGGAGCAACUUCACUGGGAGAGAGCUCGGUCCGUGCCCAGGAUAAGGAGGACCAGCUCUCGAGGAGGUUGGCUGCCUUACGACAUUAAAAAGUGCUUUGUUUAGAAGAGAAAACAGCCAUUGUUGCUUUAAAGGGCUGUCUUUAGGACAGUAGAUUAUGAGCUCCAUGUAUUAUAAUCAACUGUAUGUAUAAGCACUCUGGCUUCCUAUUAUUGAUCUUCCCUAUAGUACCUGUUUCAUUUUAUUUAUAGCUGAUCUCACUAAGGUUGAAAGGAUGCUGCUGAACAUCAGGCAGCCUGGAAACAGCUUGACAGUCCAGUGUAUGGUUUGUUAUGCUGUUCUCUGGGUUGGGUGUUAUAGGACACUGUGCAACCUUGUUGGUUUGUCUCUAAAUGCUCUAUGUAUGCUGGACUGAUUUCAUAUAAUGUAACCCAAAAACACUACUGCAUAUAUGAAAACUGCUACAUGAAUAUUGUUUGCAGCUGAAGAGUAAACUAAAAUGCAUUUAGUAUGACUCAAUAAGAAAUAACACCUUUUUAAUUGUACAGUUUUAUAAACAGUAAAAUGACUGUUGGACCACAUGGAAUAUCUGUACAUUUUUAUUUUUUAUUGAUCAGUCUUAGCCAGUCAGAAAUUAAGUAAUGGACAGUUAGUGAUGUACAGUAUGGGUGCAGCCAACAGAACUUGGAAUAUACAGGUGUGCUUUAUGAUUAGUUUGCAUGUAUAUGAACCAUGAAACUUUUGCCUCUUAACCGUCAGGUUCUUUUUCACUGGGCUGUCUUCAGGUUGAUAACAAGCUCCAUGUAACUUGCAUAAAAACAGAAGCUAGUGAAAACUAACACGCCUAGUUCGUAACAUGGAAGUGGUCUUCAUGAAGUUAAAGUUACUUUUUUUCUGUAUACAGUAACAGUUGACUGAAAUAAUUUGAAAAACCCUUUCAAUUCUGCUUUCAAUUCUCAUUUAGUUACAGUAGUGUUAGUUAUUAUAACCCCCACUCUGCAAACAAUCUAUAUAGUAAAAUGAUUAAACAAUAUUAUAUUUUACAGAUACUUAAAAUGUAGAUUCUUUAUUUAAUAUUGCCAUACACAAAUACAGGUGCUUGCUGAGGAGCUCAACAGUUCUGUUGCCAGAAUGCCUCUCGCUACAGUAAUGAUACAUAGGAGAUUACAGGCGUAUUUGCAUGGUUUAGCUGACUAAUAAUAAAAUGUAGACCUCUGACAAGCCUUUAAUAUAAUAUAUAAUACCUGUCACAUAUGAAACAAGGUACACUGUGGUGUAUUUGGGAAUUAUUUUAGGGUUAUGUGGGAUCUUAGCAGACAUGAUUUGGAUCAAAAAAGAUUUUCUUUCUGUAAUUUUACAGUUGUGAUUAAUAUCUUUGUCUGCUUAUGCUUUUAAAUUGUUAUUUUUGCUGUGGUCCAACUCGGUUUACUGUUGUUCAAAGAUAUAGAAAGACCGUACAUUUUUUGAUUUUGUAUUUUGAAAUAAACGCUGUUCAUUCUA